UGACACUUUGACAGUUGCGCACUUCACGUUUAUUUCCCGAAUCCCGAACUCGGCAAAAUUCUUAUAAUUAUGUACCUAUUGGAAGUUGGAACUAACAUGUUGUUGCGAGAUUUGUGUCGAACAAAUUAAAAAGAUAUUGAUUUACAUAAUCAUAAACACCUUUCUCGUGAAGUUGUCAGUCAAGGUACAAGGUAGUUAAUCAUUUAUUAUUUAAAAUAUUGUUGAUAAAUCGUUCAUAGAGGGAAGAUAAAGAAUAAAAUUGAGGGUGAGAGGAGAUUAUUAUUAUUAUUAAAUCUUGAAUAACUUUUGAUUCAUGAUUAACCGUUACCAGUUGGAACUUAUUACAAGUAUUUUUGAAGGUAUUAAAAUAAAUACAAUAAAGUUAUAAACAAUGAUUAAAGUAGUAUUGAUAAUGAAUAUUUUUUUGAUGUCGUUUUUAAACACCUAAAAUCAAAUACCUAGAUAUUUCUUAUGUGCCAUGGCCCUUGCCAGAUCAAACUUAGAGACAGCCUUAAGCUGCGGUAAUAGUAAAGAUAGUGAUGAGAGCGGGUCUGUAAUUAAAAACGGUGUGUCAACUGCUGAAUAUCAGAAAGAAAAUAUAAAUAGUGAAGUUUCGAAGAUGUCUGAACAGAGUAAAGAAGAUUUACCGCCAAAAAAUGAAGAAAACGCAUCGAAAGACGACAACGUCGCGCCAUUUCAAUCACCACAAAACAAAAGAAGAAAAUUAGGCGAAAGUUUCGAUGAUCUAGUGAAAAAGUUAGACUACAACAUUCUUUAUUUGAAUUUCAUGAAGUUGCACAACUUUAUAGAAAGUGAUGAUAUGAAAUCACUAUGUCUCCCAUUCUUUUAUAAUUUGAAAACUUUUGAGGAUUUUUUUAAAAUGGUUAUUGAUAAUAUGGAGCUGUUGGAAUCCAAGUCCUUAGAUGAUGGUAAAUACAGGAAUAUUUGUGACAAGAUUACUCAGGCAAUGAUUGCAAGGAAGUCAGAAUUCAAAUUGAUACACUCAUAUAUGUACAUAGAACAAAUUAAAAACAUAAUUCUAACGAUUGAGAAGCAAUAUUUCGGUGUUCCUGUGCCACCCGCGUUAUCAACAUCAAAUUCGAGUACAGAGUUAUCAGCAACGAGUUCCACAGAAAGUCUAAGGUCAACGUCCUCAGACCAAGUGUCGGUUGAUUUCAAAACACAGAGUCUUCGAAAAACACUGGACUUCAUACAAAAUGAAGCGAUAAGGACGAAAAUAUUCCCAGAACUGAGUGUAGAGCAAAUAUGUUAUGUACAAAGUUUAUUACAAAGUGAGGAAUUGAAGGAUACUCAGCAAGAAGUUAGUGUUUUAUAUAGACAUCUGUGUGAUGCACUAAAAGUAUUGAAAAAUCGUUACGAUUUGAAAAUGCAGACUAUCGAAUCUGGAAAUGUGAAAAAGCACUUAUUGAUGGAAAAGAUAGAAAAACUGAGACCGUCUGAUACUACUGUGAUAUCGCAACGGAGUGAUAUUAAUAUAAGUACAAGUACAAAUAUGAACCCACAGCCUCCAAAAAAGCCAAUUAAUCCGCAAAAAGAAAAUGCGACAAAACCAAUUCAAAAGCAAUCUGCAAUACGAGUGAUGCCUGCGUUUGCUAAGCAAGCUUUAACGAAUGUUCUAGAAUUCAUAGCCAGUGAUGAAACAACUACUGUUUUCUCUCCAAACGACUGCGUUGAAUUCUGGUUCUACACGAGAUGUAUAAAAUGGGUGAAAGAGGACAAACGUGUUCAAUGGACGGACGAAACUCGUCAGCUCUUUGGACAACUAAAGACUAUGUUGUUGACACAUAACGUCGUCGCCCGUCGGAAAAAAAUUGAUAGAAAGAAUGAAACUACGCUGAAGUAUCAUCAAAUAACCUACACCAAGUCUCCUUUAAGUUUCACUCCAGAGAAGAAACGCAAAAGAAAGAGUAAAGUGGAAUUGAAAAAUUUAAUAAACAUUAAUGGCGUUACUGAGAAUAUACCGGCGGAUGUGAUGGAUAAAAGUUUAAGAAAAAAGAAGAAGGAUAAAAAGAGGUUACAAAAAAUGAUAGACAGACAGAAGCAGACUGAAAAGGCUAUAGAACGAAGGAAACUCAACCAGAAGAUGGAUUGGCGUGACAUAGAGUUGGAACGUAAAGGCAAAUUGCGGGAAGGUCUGUCUAUGCCCGUCCAGAGUGAUAAGGCUAUGCGUAUGAUGCGUGGUAUGGGAUGGAGUGGUGGUGCGCUCGGUGCUAGAGGGAAUGGCAUCAUGGAACCAAUUACGCUAGAAAUAGACCAGCCAAAAGGUGUCGGCUUUGGACACUGGAAAAGAGAUAAGGUAAAACCACAAGUUGUACAAAAUAAAAAGCCGUUCCCAAAAUCGAUUCAGGAUUGGAUUAACGACAUCGAUCAAACCGAUACACCACCUUUGGACACCGAUAUUAUAGUAGAAAAAACUAAAAAGCUUCUCCAAGAAAACAUAUCAUUUGAUAUAAUCAUGAACGAAGGUUUUAAAGUACCGAAGGUUCCAGAAAAUGUGCCUGUAAGCUCGAAGAAAAAUGAGCAACCGAGCUCAACUAUUCAGAAAAAUUGCCCACAAGCUUCAAAAAAUGAGCCUCACAGCUCAAAAACCUUCAAAAAUGAACCGCAGUCACCGCAGAACAUCAAAAGGUCUAAUAAUGAGAGUUCGGCACCUCAAAAAAAUGAGCUCCAAAACUCAACUACGCAGCAAAAUGAGCUGCAGAGCUCAAAAAAUGAGCUACAAAACUCAAGAUCUAAGAUAUUAAUUGUAUACAACUCUCAAUUAGAUACUAUGCGUGACGAUAGUACUGCUUCAUUGCCAAUAACUUCAAGAACCGUAUUAAGGUCACCCCGAGACAUUAGGAACGAUUUUUUACAAGCUAUGCUUGACAUUUUCACAAAAAAUCUACAAGUGAAAACAUUGAAAUAUUUUAAAGGCAUUUCCGGUAAGGAGAAGCGUUUCUUCAAACAAGCUUUGGAACAAUUAAAUCUUGACAACGCUAAACAUUUUCCGCCACUGGAAAAAAACAUUGUGAAGAAAAUUUUGAAUGAAUAUCGAGAAAGACCUAAUAUUGUGGUCAAGGCCAUUAUAUCUGAUAGCACAAAGGAACUCAGUCUACGCCCAAUACCUGUAAAAUUAUUACCAGUAAAAAGGCUAACAAACGAAGAAAACAUUAACACAUACGUACAUACAUCUUUACCUAUAUUUGCAACGCAAAGCCAAUUUUAUGGUUUGAAACUAGCUAUUUCAAUCUUACUAAGUCUAAAGGAUUUUUUGAAUUCGAAAAGUGAUGAAUUAGAUAUUGAUUUUACUAAAGUUUUGAAUAGGAAACAAAUAAGUUAUGUGGAACAUACGGUGGAGAAUAUUAACGCGAGAGUCAAGAACGGCAGUUCGCCAGCUGAAGCUAAUAUUUCAACGGAAAUUUUGAAAAGUUUGCAAGAUGACCAGUUGUUCAUCAGUGUUAUGUUCGACCAUUCAUACAGAUCAUUAACAUUUACAAAACACUUCCAUAAUCUUGCUCCAAACAGCAGUAAACCUAAAGAAAUAAGUCACACUGUUAUAUAUAUGGAUAGUACAAGCGAUAGUUCUAGUAGUCCUUAUAAAAAGCCAAGUAGACCUAUCAUUACGGAAGCAGACAUCACAGAUGACGAUGCUAGUAGUUUAAGUGAAGAUGUCCAUCUUCCUAAGCUCCCUCCUCUACCCGCUGGCAAAGAAGGCGUAAACUUGAAAGAAUACGCUAAGCUAUACAACAGAAUGGACGAAAAAGAAAACACAUCAAUCGCUGAGAAGAUUAUAAGAAUAAUGGAAAAUAAAGAAACUGAUUCUGAUAAUGAACUUGGUGAUAGAAAAACCUUGGUUCGCACGGAUUAUGCGAAAGAUAAUUGUGAUACGUCAGUAGAAUACAUCGUUUGUGUAAACCAUCAAGAGACUUGUGAUGAUGGAAUUCCACAAAAAAAUAUGGAUGAUGAUGCUAAUAAUGAAAAAGACGCAAAUGAUCUUCCAAUAUAUGAAAAACUACCUAUAUUCGAAGGUACUGAAUCAAAUCCAAUGAAAAGAUCGAACGAACUCGAUUCAAGCUUAACAAAACAAAAGAAUACAUCUUUAAGACUUGUUGAAAACGAAUCAAAACUCGAUGUUACCGAACCAAAUAACGCCAUAAGUAAAGACUGUGAUUUUUCUAAAAUUAAUUUAGAUUUAAGUGAAGAUAUAUGUGAUAAUAAUUUGGAAAGUGUUAAAAAGACGGAUAGAAUUAAAAGUGGAGUGAAAAUAGUGUAUAUAGUACACGCGAAUGAUCCAAUAGAUAAGAUUAAUAAAGAUAAAGCAAGAGAGAUUCAAAAGGUUAUGUCGGAUAAUAUAGUAGGGGGCAAAAAGUUACCGUUGCUGAAAUGUCACGGCUACCAAUACGAUUCGUUGAUUUACUCCUGCCAAAACCAAGAUUCGUACGUUUGGCUCGAAAGCGUGAUUCAGUCAAUUGGUGACUUAAAAAUAUUGAUUAAAAAUCAUACAAAAAUGGUAUUAUCAUUAAGGUGUUUAUACGACUUUGAUACACAUUUUCUAUUUAAUAUGUUAGAAUUGUAUAAUGAAGGACUAUCCACUAAGUAUUGGGAAGUUGUGUGUAAAAAAGAACAUGAGGAUUUAUUGGUGAGAAUGUUCGUUGUAGAAAUGGACGAAGCGUCCAUUAAUUAUAUAUUUUCGUCCAACAUGGCGUUGUACGCCGGUGUCGAUAAGGUCGAAUUUACUCUGGCCUGUGGGAGUCAGUGAAACUAUACCUAUCAUUAAUCAAUAAAUAUUUUGAUUUGAUUCACUUGUUUUAUUUCCAAUUUAUCCAAAAAUGU